AUGCCACCAAAAGGGAAAAAAGGGAAAAAGGGCAAAUCAGACAAGAAGAAGAAAGAUGCACCCGAAAAAGAAGAGAAACUCCGUCCGUCGGACAAAGAACUCGUUCUGCAAGAGGAACUCGACAAGAAAGUUCAGAAACUAGCAGAAAUCAAGUUGCGUGUUCGUACAGCGCAAGAAGAAAAUCAUUGGCUCAAUGAAGAAGCAAGUAAAGUUCGCGCGGAAACAGCUGAAUACGUGCAAUACAUGGCAAAGAAGACGAACACACGGCAAACGCAAGUGAUUACCUUGACAGAUUAUCAUCACGAACAAAUUCGAAACAUCAAUCGAGACAAAGAGAAUAUGUUAAAGGACUAUGAAAAGAAGAAAGAAGAAUUACGUGCUCAGUUAAUGAAAAAAGAACAGAUAUUAGCUCAAACUAACCGUGAAUUGGAAGCUAUUGGAGAAUAUCGAAACAUCCAAGAACAACAGAACAAUGAAAUCAAACGUUUACAAGAAGAAAUCAAUCAAAUUCGCGGUAAACAUGUCCGAGAAAUUGCCCAAAUGAGAACGACAUUCGAACGAGCUCUUCAUGAUCAACGUAUGGACGAAGGAGCUCGAGUACAAGCGAUCCGACGACAAGCCGAUGAAGAAGCCGAACAAUUUUUGUACGAUCGAAGUGUUGCCAUUCAGAACGAAAAUCUUCAAUUACGUAAAUCAUUACAAGACUUUCUCAAACGAAUCCGUGCAUUAAAUGAAUCGAAACAGCGAUUGGAAGAAGAACAAAUCCAUCUGAUUCGACAGUUAAAACUAGCAACAGAUCUUCAACGUAUACGUCUGAACAAAGCACCGUCGGCGAUAACUGCGUCGGCGAAGAAAUCGACGUGA